AUGACACCCAUCCACUGCUCUUUUCAGAACAGCUUGGUUGAGAUCUCCAUAGUCUCGCUGCUUAUUCUGGAAUUCGCAGUGGGUCUGCUGGGCAAUGCAAUAGCCCUGUGGACUUUUAUUUCACACUUAAAGGUGUGGAAACCAUAUGCAGUCUACUUGUUCAACCUGGUCAUUGCAGACCUUUUGCUGUCCGUGUGCCUGCCCUUCCAAAUCUCCUUCUAUCUUAUGCACAAGAAAUGGGAACUGGGACCAGCAGCUUGCCGCACCCUGAUCUUCCUGCUCUCCCUCAGCAGGACCAGCGGCAUUGCCUUUCUCACCGCAGUGGCCAUGGAUCGCUAUCUGCGGGUGGUCCACCCACAUUUUAAGAUCAACAGCUUCUCCACUAAGGCAGCCAAGAUCAUUUCUGCUUUCAUCUGGCUUCUGGUAGUGGGACUGGUCCACCCAAGUCUGUGGGCUCCCAAGAUUGAGAAAAAUGCCACCGAGUGUCCCAGUUUCUCCCCCAUGGAAGAUCUCACUUUGGGCAACAUUUGGCAGGAAGCGGUGAUCUGUCUUCAGUUUCUUCUUCCCUUCAGUCUCAUCCUGUUUUGCAAUAUUCGCAUCAUUAAGAGACUCCAACAGCGGCUCCUGGACCAAGACAAACAGCCCAAACUUCAGAGGUCGAUGGCACUGGUCACCGUAGUGGUGGUGUUCUUCGGGAUUUGCUUUCUGCCCAACUUUCUGGCCAGGACACUCAUGGCCAUCUUCCAAACAUCAGAAAACUGCCAGGUUCUUCAGGUGAUGGUUCAUACAUGUGACAUCACCAACAGCCUCACUUAUCUCAACAGUGUCCUCAACCCAGUAGUAUACUGCUUUUCAAAUCCAGUGUUCAGAUAUUCCUAUAGGAAAGUCUUUAGCACAUUGAGGGGAAGACAAAGGGAAUUACAGCCGCAGGGUCUGGAUGGCAAAGAUUCCUGUCACACGGUAGAGAGCCCCGGACUUCAUGUCAAGAGGACCCGGGUUUGA